AUGUCAUCUAAGUCACCGCAAGCGUUACCUUCAGAUGCUGGAAAUUCGCCCAUCUACGCAGACAAGAGAAUUCAACGCGAGUAUUUUGAACCCUACCUUGGGUUGCCUCUUCGGGCGGAGAGUUGGUCAAGGACAAGUUAUACCCAUGCGGUCAAGCGUUCCCACUCCAGCAUAGUGUACGGGUGCGAUUCGAGAAUAGGUAGCUUGCGGUUCAGCUCCAAGACAAGAGAUGCGGUAUAUCAAUUGUCUCCGUCCACGCCCGUUGGACCGAUAGGACGCUUUGUUCCGUUAUUCAAAGAGUCCGGUAGUACUGUGCAGUACCGGGAGAAAGUUGCGACAAUACUGGCCAUAGGCACCCAGACCGGAGUUGUAACUAGCAGUCUCGUAGAGGGGAUGCAGGCAUUACAAACGGAAAACGUGAAGAAGAGACUGGCAUGCGCAUUGAUGAUUUUCGAAAAAGAUGGGCGUUCGACCGACGAGACCGCCAAUAAGCGAGGGUUGUCUUCGACUGCUAGCGUACAAAAGCCGUCGGAAGUUUACAGAGAGGACAAGGCAAAAAAGCGAGUUCAAUCUCAAGUCCUUGGAAGUGUGAUGUUGGGAACUUCAAGAAAGAAGAAGUGCUAA